CCGUAUUCGCGUCAUUCUGGGGGCCCACAACAUCAGGAGGGAGGAAAGGACCCAGCAGCGCCUGUCUGUGCUCAGAGCCAUCCACCAUCCUCAAUAUGAUCCGCAAAACAAUCUGAAUGACAUCAUGUUACUGCAGCUGGAAAAUAAUGCCAGACAGAAUCGAUUCGUGAGGCCAGUGGCCCUGCCUCAGACACGGGUCAGGCUGAAUCCUGGGGCCUCGUGCACUGUGGCCGGCUGGGGCCUGGUUAGCCUGAACAGGAGAACACACAGGCUCCAGGAAGUGCGACUGAGAGUGCAGAGUGAUGAGGAGUGCAUGGAGCACUUUGGUGUCUACAAUGGCCAAAGACAGAUUUGUGUGGGGGACCAGAGGGAGAGGAAGAUCACCUUUCUGGGGGACACUGGAGGCCCCUUGGUGUGUAACAAUGUGGCCCAGGGUGUCGUCUCCUACGGAAGAAGUAGCGGGACUCCUCCAGCAGUCUUCACCAGAGUCGCACGCUUCCUGCCUUGGAUAAAUAAUACAAUGGCCCGAUUUAAACAGCAGUAGGCAAACUGAAACUAGUAGCACUGACUGUUCUGAAAUGGAGGCCAGUCCAGCGGAGUUGCCAGAGCCUUAAUAAAAGUCCUU